AUGGCGUCAUCCGCGCCCCCAAGCAAUGGCUCAAGCCGCAGCAGCCUAAAUCCCUUUGCAAAGCGCGAUGAGCAUUCCUCCCAGGCUAUACUCCUCUACAAAAUCACCACAUCGCUCAGCUACCUGCUCCUCGUCAUAACAACCUUCUACUACACGUUCCAUGCCCCGAGUGGUCACGGCGCCCACCGCUUCUGGAAGAAUAACAUCCCCACGCCAUUUGCACAGAGCAGCCUCUUCACGUCGAUAUACUGGCUGAUUCUAUUUGCCGUGCAGCUCGUGUAUGCCUACGCCCUGUACAUGAGCGACACGGUAUACGUGACCGCCGCAGCAAAUAUUGGCUCCCACUUUAUUGCCAACAACUUGCUGCUCUUUGGCUUUGUCAAUCUAUUUGUCCGCAGCCACUUUUGGCUCGCAGAGGUGCUGCUCGUCAUCAACUUUUUCAAUCUAACUUUUGCCUACUUCCGACACAGCACCACGCCCCGCGCCAUCCAUAUUGGCAUCGUCAGCGGCCCACUUGCAUGGAACUUUGUCGCCCUCGACUGGUGUGGUGCCAUUGCCCUGCACACAAACCAUGAGGCUUUCCGCAUUGUUUGCAAUCUCUUCAUCUGGGGGUGGCUUGCCUUUGGCCUGUUCUUCCUUGUAGCCUACAAGGACUACACCAUGGGAUUUGCCCUGUCGCUUCUGGCGUUUUCAACGGGAGUGGGUCAGUUUCUCACUCGCCCACAUAUUCUGCAAUUGCAGUGGAUCUUUGCUUUUACUAUUGGCGGUCUCUUGUUCGUGCUCAGUCUUGCCGUCGGCGUGCCGGGUCUGCUGGGCCGCGAUCCUUUCCCACGCGGCCACGUGGUCAGCGAGGAUAGGGAGAGGGCACCACUGCUGGCUGAUGACUGA